AUGAAGAUUGCCAUCGCAGGCGCCGGUGACGUAGGCACCUACUUCGUCGAAGAAUUCAGCCGAUCUGCGCAUGAAGUGGUCCUUCUCACGAGCAAACACAAACCGCUCCUAGAGACCCUACCCCUCAAACAACAGAUUACCGAUUACAGCGUCGAGGAUCUCACACUGCACCUCCAAGACUGCGACGCCGUGGUAUCCACCUUCUGCGGCCCCGAGGACAAAUAUAUCGCCGCCCAUCUGGCACUUCUAGAAGCAUGCACCCGAUCCCCAAGAUGCAAGCGCUUCCUGCCCUCGUCCUGGACCACCAACGUGGAAGACUUCGGAGACCAACCGAUCAUGAUCGCACAUUCCCGAGACACCAUCUGGAAAGCCCUCCGCGCGCAGCACGAGGUGAAAUGGACCAUGGUUUGCAACGGGUGGUUCAUGGACUACGUUCUGCCCGCCUCGCAGCGGUACUUACAUGACGUCGGCGUGGGAUGGGUUAUGGAUCACCACAAUAAAGUGUUUGAGCUGUACGCGGAUGGGCAGCAGAAGGUGACGCUAACGUCGGUCCGGGAUGUGGCUCGGGCGGCAUUGUCGAUGUUGGAGCAUGACGAGAUCGAGUGGAACGAAUUUACUCACUUUGGGGGGCAAACCUUCACCUAUCUGGAAUUGUAUCGGUUGAUCAAGAGACGGGAUCCAACAUGGACACUGAAGAAACUGCCGUUUGCUGAGGUGAUCGAAAGGAUUACGUCGGGGAAGCUGGCCGGGGAAAAUGUCGACUUGGAGUACUUUAGACUGAUGGGCUUUACCAACUGCAACAAGGUUCCCGAGGAUAGGGCUUUGACGUGGGGGACGGGCUUGUUGGAGGGUCUCCGGGCCCGCAGUGUUGAGGAAUUGCUGGACGAGGCGGCGAAAGACGAGAAGGUUGUUCCCUAG